AGACACUGGCGUACAUUCAGGUAAAUUAUCGCUAUUGUAUAAUGUAAUAUUGUAGAGCGAUAUAUCGUCAUAUGUUUUAACGUAUUCGGAAUGUUUAAAGAAACCAUGAAGUUUAUUUUGAUCGUUCUCGGUACGUUUGCCUUUCUGCACUUCCGGUGUGGAGCGGAAGUAGUGAUGAUGGAGGAGGAAAUAAGCAUACAGCGUGUCAUCCGGAAAUACAUACCAACCUACCAGGGGUCCAACGUCAUGGGGUUAAAGUCUGGCGAACCUUCAGGGAAUGCUACGUCAUGUGGACCAGAUCGGGCGAAGAUCGUUUUGACGUGGACACCCAAAACUAUUGUUAUGGGAGAUCCAGUCAGUUUUAACCUCCAGAUGAUAGCUCCUUCUGACCUGGACCAUGGGACUGGCAAGUUGACCAUCUAUAUUUCGGGGGAAUCUACGCCAUUUGCUGGAUUUUCAUUUGAAGGCGGAUGUGAUUCCCUUAAACAGCAAGGCGUGGUUGGAUUGAAAUGUCCUAUCAAAAUGAACGAUCAGAUGAAAUUAAAUUACGACGUGCCAGCAACAGGAACUCUCCGAUUGAUGGAGGGUCAUUUCCUUGUUGAGGUCAAAAUCAAGAACGACAAGCAAGAGGUCUUUGCCUGUGUUAGAAUCGACACCUACGUCAAAGCCAAAAAGCCAAACAAUUCCAGGAACAUACCGUAUAUUCUAUAGAUACAGAUGCUGAGAUUUAUUCAAAGUCGAGCAUGGUUAACACGUAAUUGAGACAUAUUUUAUAGAUAUUUAUACUUGUGCCUAAUCCUUUGUCAAUUGGCAAUAAAAUAUGUUUAAAGUCAAAAAAAAAAAAAAAAAAAAAAAAGAAGACAUAAUUUAUAUAAACUCAGGAGAGUUUGUAUUUGAGAUGAAGAUAAUGUAAAACAAACAAACAAUUCACAAGUUUGACAUUUUUUCUUGUCUCAAGAAAAUGACAAAUCACGUGAUUUGAAAUAUAUUUUUUUCUUUAUUUACCGAGCAAAUACUAAAUUGCCGUAUGUGCAUUGUCAUAUAAUAUACAGUAUGCUAAAAUAUUUCAAAACUGAUCAAGUGUGUUAAAUUAUCAUUGUAACGCAUUACAAUCCAUAUUUUCUUAAAAAUAUGUACAUCCAUACGGUCAAAUCAUAUUAUUGUUUGCUUCCAUAAAUUAGGAUGCACAAGUUUCGCAAACUGGCGAAUAAAUUCUCAGUGGGUUAACGUUGAUAUCCAGAGAUGUAGCUGGUUCUUGGUUUGAAGACCAGUCCAGGAAACUGUUGGUUGGACGUGUGAUUUAACUAGGAUGAAAACUGUUAAUGGGAAAUGGUGUCUUGGAGACUUGGCGGGAAUACUUGACCCAUUGUUUAAUGACUGUGGUAUACGUGACCCAUGUUGUAUAUGUAUGUCAGAUCUGAUUGGUAACUGUACACUAGAGGGCGCCAAAUAUCAGGGUUUUGGGUCUCUUUGCUAUUGAGAAGAUGUAUUUUUAAUACUUAAAUACAGAGUGUCUGCUUAUUGAAGGAAUUUCGUACAGUUUCUUUGAAAAAGAAAAGAAUUGUCAUAAAGUAUAUGCAUUUAACAAUUCGUACCAAAGUUCAUAAUCUAUGAAAUUGAUAUCAAUGAUAAUUAACCAUAACUUCAUAACAAGAAGUUAUGGAGAAGUAGAUUGCAUUUGCGCUUGUGGGAUCUUAACUAUUAGGCCUAAAAGCAUCACGAACUUUUUACCUGUUUUUUUUAUUUUUCAAUUUUCUACUUCGAGCCUACUUCAGCUAGUUAUAGGUUUCUUUCUAUCAUAUUGUGUUCUAAUGCCAACCAACCUUCAACAACUGAACCCUAUUUGACACUGCGGAAGUUACGCCCUGAUUUCAUGGCGCAAAGAAUACAACUAUCAGGCAGUAUCAGUAUUUAUAACUCUUAACUUGAUGACAACGUGUGUGAUUACAGUUUUUGCAUUAUGUAUCACAUUUCAACAGUCGAAUAACUAAUUCAUACCGAGUUGAAAAUAAUAUGCCAUAACACACUUUGCUACAUCAUUUCAUCGCUUCAUGCUACCUAUUUCGAACUCCGUAGCGGCCUUGGUUGCUAAAAAUACGGAAUGUGUAUGCCAAUCGGAAUAAAUACAAAGCACGAAUAAAA